CCUGAUACCGCCUAUGACUUACUCUAUAGGUCACUACGAACUACAACACUUGUAUUACAAUAUAACAACCAGAACAUUUACCUGUAACCUCAUUUGCGAUCAUUUCUGAGCUGUGGGACAUUUGCACAGACACAAAAUGAAGCUGCUCCUUCUGAUUUCUGGAAUCCUCUUGGCAGUGCAAGGCUGCCCACGGAUUAUAAAACAUUCUGAUUGGACAAACAUUCCUUCUCAAUGCAACAUAGCCCUGGAGAAGCCAGAACCCUUCAUUGUGAUUCAUCACACUUCUGGCAAACGUUGCUUCCACAAGACAACGUGCAAGCGUGAGCUCCAAAUUAUCCAGAAAAAUCACAUAAGUGUUCACCACUGGUGUGAUAUUUGUUACAAUUUCCUUAUUGGAGAAGAUGGGAACAUCUAUGAAGGUCGUGGAUGGAACAAAUCGGGAGCCCACACUCCUCAAUUCAAUCAUCUCAGCUUUGGAAUAGCGUUCAUGGGGAACUUUAUGAAAGAUUCUCCUAACAACCUUGCGGUGAUUGCUGCCACAAAAUUGAUAAAGUGUGCCAUUUCCAAAAAUUACCUGGUAUCCCACUACACACUGAAAGGCCAUAGGGAUUUGGGGGAAACAACUUGUCCUGGAAACUCUCUCUACAAAACAAUAAAGGAAUGGCCUAAAUGGUCCGGUGGAGGGGCGGAGGAAGGAGCCUUAAGCGCAGUCGAAGAAGAAGGUUUUCAGAAAAUGAAGGUGCUCCUUGUGUUCUCUGGAAUCCUCUUUGCAGUACAAGGCGACCCGCUGAUAAUCAAGCAUUCCGAAUGGACCAAUGUUCCUUCUAAUUGCACUGAUACUCUAGAUCCACCUUUAUCAUACAUAGUGAUUCACCACACUGCUGGCAACCGUUGCUUUAAAACAGAGGACUGCAAGCGGCAGCUCCGCAAUAUCCAGAAUUAUCACAUGAAGUUUCGCCAAUGGUGUGACAUUGGCUAUAGUUUCCUUAUUGGUGAAGAUGGGAACAUUUACGAAGGUCGUGGAUGGGACAAAAUGGGAGCCCACACUUUUCACUACAACCAUAUUAGCUAUGGAAUAGCGUUCAUGGGGAACUUUAUGAAUACUUCCCCAAACAACCUUGCACUGAAUGCUAGCAAGAGUCUGAUAGCCUACGCUGUUUCCAGAAAAAAUCUAACCCCCCGCUACACCCUGAAGGGCCACAGGCAGUUUUUGAAAACUGCUUGUCCUGGAGACACUCUUUACAAAAUAAUAAAGACAUGGCCUGGGUGGAAGGCCACUUGAUAAGACUAACACGGCCAUAUCUCGAUGCUUUGAUUAUGCUAAUUUCUGUACCUAUUAAAGAUCAAUGUUAGAUCCAGCAGUUUACAAAUGUACAAGGAACUCAUUAAGCAAGGCAUCCUCAUUCAUGCAAGCUACUUAUGAAUGUAAUAAUAUCAGCAUCAUGUAAGCAUUGUUCAGCAACAUUGUACAAAAGGCAAUUCAAAUAUGGCCACAAUAAAAUAUAAUGGGGAAAAAGUU